GAUUCUGCAAUUCUACGAUUCUGUAAUUCUAUAAUUCUGUGAUUCUAUGAUUCUAUCCAUCGCUGACUGCUCAGCAAUCAGCACCAGGUGAUGCUCAGCAAAGCCCAGCCCCCAGCAGAAGUGCAGUUCUGUGCACGCAGCCCCCCUGAGCCGCUCCACCAGCCCCCACCCCACCCCCAAUUCCCACCCUUCCAUCCCAAUGGAUGUUGUUGGAGUUCAGGCCAGGCUCCGGGCAAAAUCCGCUCUUUCGCUUUCGCUCUGCCUCACCUCCUGCUCCUUGGAUGGGAGGAGAACGGGUCGAGGCCAAAGAGUACAGAUUGGAAGGGGUCAAAGUCACUGCUGACUUGGGAGCAAAUAGAGAAGAGCCAGAAAAGGAGCUGCUGCUUUGCUUGGAGAAAUGAAGCAGGGCGAAACGGAGCCUCGCCGCCCCCACUGCGGGCCGGGAUGGAGAUGGAGGAGCCCAUCUGCCUCGUUGAGAACCACACAGGGCAGGGGCUGGCGGUGCGGCAGGACGCCCUGCAGGUGUUGGCCAACAUCACACAGCCCGUGGUGGUGGUGGCCAUCACCGCGCUGUGCCGCAGCGGCAAAUCCUACCUGAUGAACCGGCUGGCCGGGAGGAGGACGGGUUUCUCCCUGGGCUCCAGCGUGCAGGCGCACACCAAAGGAAUCUGGAUGUGGGAUGCUGAGCUGUCCCGGCCGGCUCCAGGCGCUGGAAGGCAGCAGAGAGCUGAGCUGUGGUUGUUCUGUCCCGCAGGCAGCAGCCCGGAGGCCGAACGCUACGACCUUCUUCGGGAAUGCAUCCGACAGUUCUUCCCUCAACGAAGGUGCUUCGUUUUCAACCUGCCCGCCAGCGUGAGGGAUCUGCAACACUUGGAGGAGCUCCCGGAGCACCGGAUGGAGCCCGAAUUCCUGAGGCAGCUGGAGAAAUUCUGCUGUUACAUCUGGGAGAGCUCUCGGGCCAAAAGCAUCCCUGGAGGCUGCAAAGUAACGGGAAAGAUGCUGGGCACUCUGGCUGUGACCUACGUGGAUGCCAUCCAGAGCGGGGCCGUGCCGUGCCUGGAGAGCGCGGUGACGGCCCUGGCAGAGCUGCACAACUCGGCGGCGGUGCGGGAAGCUGCGGUUCUGUACCAGGAGCUGAUGGAGCAGCGGGCAGAGCUGCCCACGGAGACGGCUGAGGAGCUGCUGGAGCUGCACGAGCAGUGCCAGAGGGAGACGCUGCAGCUCUUUGCAGAACGGGCGAUCACGGCCGACGUCGAGCGCUUCCGUGCGGAGCUUCUGCUGCAGGUGGAGGCAGCCAGACUGCAGUUCUGCAGCCGCAAUGAAGAGGCGUCCCGUGAGAAGUGCACGGCUGCGCUGCAGGAGCUCCGCAGUGAGAUGGAGCAACGCAUCGGUGACGGUGUCUACUUCGUGCCGGGGGGUCACCGGCUGUUCCUUGGGGACCAGCAGGCGCUGGUGGAGCGGUACCGGGCGCUGCCGGGCAAAGGGGUGAAGGCAGAUGCUGUGCUGCAGGAGUUCCUUCGGAACGUGGAGCCUUUGGCCAGGAGCAUCUGCAGCACAGACCGUGCCCUGAUGGAGAAGGAUGAGCGGAUCAAACAUCUGAGAGCCCAGAACGAGAAGGCUGAGCAGGAGAGGGAGGCUGAGAGGAAAAGGGAGGAAAAAAUGCACUGGAUGGAGCAUCGGAUUCGUGGAUAUGAGAUGGCCAAGAAGAAGUGGGAGGCUGAGAGGGAGAGGGAUGCAAGAAAACUGCAUUGGUUGGAGGGUCAGAUUCAUGAAUACAUGAAGGCCAAGCAGGAAUGGGAGGCUGAGAGGGAAAGGGAGGUGGAAAGACUGCAACAGAUGGAGGACCAGAUUUGCAGAUAUGAAGAAGAGCUUCAGCUGAGAAAGAGAUUGGGAGAGGAAGAGGAGGAGAAGAAACCUCCGCUGGGGGGUGGACCCUGCAGAGCUGGAUCUCAGUCACAGGGGAAUGGAAACCCCUUCAUAGCGGUGCUGGGGGCUGUAUUAAUGUUUUUAUUCCGGCUUAUUUUAGAUGAUUCCUGAAUUGAAUUGCUGACUUUGGUGUUUGCUGCAGCACGUGAUGCUGCGCUUUCCUAAUUGGGAGGGAAUGGAGUCUUUUGGGGAGCUGUAAUUGUUGGUUAAUUGGGCAGAGUGCUGACCAUCCAGUGGUGCUCCUUGGCUUUCCUUUGCUCAGGGAUGUCGAUGAUGGCUGUGAAAGGAGUGACCUUCAUCCACGUUUCUGUGCUCUCGGUGUUUCUUUGGGGGUUGUGCUUUGCUUCUGAAAAUGCUGAGCAUAAAAUAAAAGAAAAGAAUGAAAAGCAGAAAACCCCAGUAAAAAC